GUUGUUUUUUGGGCUGUUGUCCAGUCAAUAAUUUUUAACUUCUAUUUCAUCAAGGCAAUCAUGUUGCAUACCCGUCAAACCUUGUGACAUGGUGCCUAAUGUUAUUCCCUGUUUGAGGUGAUAUACAGAUGGUAAUUGGAGAAAGUUACUGUUCUAAUCAGUUGGUUUGUUUGUCUGAUUUCUUCAGUUCACCAACAGAAACUAUGACAUGGUUUCCAUGUAGCACACUGUUAAUGAUUUUGGCGGAAAUUUGGUGUAACUCUGCUAAAAUUGAUUUUUAUAAAAAACUUAGUGUCAUUUUGAGAGACGGAAAGCAUCCGGGAAUCAACUAGACUUGAAAUCUUUAAAGCUUCCUUAGACAUCUAGCAUAAGCUAGAAUGCGGGUGUAUUGCUUUAUUGCCUGUUAGGUCUUUGCUGGUAAAGUUUUUGUCUUUCCGUAGGUAUCAUACAGAGCGAGAAUGUCUCAUUUGUUCCAUAACAGGCGAUUUAGUGUUUCAGAGAUGUUUCUUGCAGCUAUGAUACACCGAUACUAGUUCGAACUGCACAAAAAUUCUGGAUUAGAUUUUCCUUGGGUAUAGAACAAAUGGCUGAGUUAAACCCGGGUAUACUCAUAGAUAUUGUGGAUGAAGAAUGGAUGAGAAGCACUCUUCCUGAUGAUGAACUUCCCCUUCCGCCAGUGCUUGUUGUACGGACUGAUGACACCGAGGAUUCAAAUCAGGAGACUCAACGAGUUGCUGCAGAUGGUUGGCAUGACCUUGCUUUAGGUUCUCAGUGAUUUUUAUUUUAUUUUAUUUACUUUUAUGGCAUAAGAAUUUGUGUAAGUACAGCCUUCUUUCGAAACGUAAUUGAACCAUUGUCCUUUGGAUUUCUUGAAUAUGAGGUUUUGGAGGCCAUCUUAUUGACGUGAAGCUCAUCAUGUGCAGCGGUAUAAUCUUCUGUA